UUGGCUGCUGCUUCGUAACAGGUGUGCCACGUGAGCAAUCUCCUCUUUUAUCUCUCUAUAUCAUCUAGGAAGGAGUCUUUAGAGGAGCUUGAAAUCCAAGGAGCUGAUUCCUUUGACGAUAACAAGAGAUCUUUGACGAAGGUUAAAGAAAGAUGGGAGGAGGGUUUAGAGUGCUUCAUCUUGUUCGACCAUUCCUUUCAUUUCUUCCAGAAGUUCAAAGUGCUGAUAGGAAAGUUCCAUUUAGAGAGAAGGUCAUAUACACUGUGAUAUCUCUAUUCAUUUUCCUGGUUUGCAGUCAGCUCCCUCUUUAUGGUAUACACUCCACAACUGGGGCAGAUCCAUUCUAUUGGAUGCGUGUCAUUUUGGCUUCCAAUCGAGGGACUGUUAUGGAGCUUGGGAUCACUCCCAUUGUAACGUCUGGUUUAGUGAUGCAACUCCUAGCCGGAUCAAAGAUCAUUGAAGUGGAUAAUAAUGUCCGUGAAGAUCGUGCACUCUUAAAUGGUGCGCAGAAAUUGUUGGGAAUCCUCAUAGCUGUUGGUGAGGCAGUAGCUUAUGUUCUAUCUGGAAUGUAUGGAAGUGUUGGCCAACUUGGAGUGGGCAAUGCCAUUCUAAUUAUCUUACAACUCUGUUUUGCUGGUAUAAUCGUUAUAUGUUUAGAUGAAUUACUCCAGAAAGGAUAUGGACUUGGCUCUGGAAUUUCUCUUUUUAUUGCAACCAACAUUUGUGAGAAUAUUAUUUGGAAAGCAUUUAGCCCAACCACCAUAAACAGCGGGCGUGGGGCUGAAUUUGAAGGAGCUGUUAUUUCUCUCUUCCAUUUAUUGAUAACAAGGGCAGAUAAAGUCCGGGCUCUUCGAGAGGCUUUCUAUAGGCAGAAUCUUCCAAACGUAACGAAUUUGCUAGCAACAGUGUUGGUCUUCCUCAUUGUUAUAUACUUUCAAGGUUUUCGCGUUGUACUACCAGUUAGAUCAAAGAAUGCCCGAGGCCAACAGGGAUCUUAUCCGAUCAAACUGUUCUACACUUCCAAUAUGCCAAUUAUUCUCCAGUCUGCACUUGUUUCUAACCUUUACUUUAUUUCACAGUUGCUGUACAGGAGGUACAGUGGAAACUUCCUUGUGAAUUUGUUGGGCAAGUGGAAGGAAUCUGAAUACAGUGGUCAAUCAAUCCCAGUUGGUGGUAUUGCAUAUUAUAUAACUGCACCGUCAAGUUUGGCAGAUGUUGCAGCCAAUCCAUUCCAUGCACUAUUUUAUAUCGUGUUCAUGCUGUCUGCUUGUGCUUUGUUCUCCAAAACUUGGAUUGAAGUGUCUGGAUCAUCUGCUAAAGAUGUGGCAAAACAACUCAAGGAACAACAAAUGGUGAUGCCUGGGCAUAGAGAAUCGAACUUGCAAAAGGAGCUGAACCGAUACAUUCCAACUGCUGCAGCUUUCGGUGGUAUGUGCAUUGGUGCACUGACAGUUCUUGCUGACUUUAUGGGAGCAAUUGGAUCUGGGACAGGUAUCUUGCUUGCUGUCACCAUUAUAUAUCAGUACUUUGAGACAUUCGAGAAGGAGAAGGCUACCGAGCUUGGUUUCUUCGGUUUCUAAUGAACUCUUCUAGCUCUAGUUCUAGUUCCGGUUCAAUACAAGAUUAGAAAUAGCAGAUUUUCUGGAGCAGGUUCAGGAGAGAAGCCCAAGUAGAAUCUCUUGCUAACACAAUGCAGAGAUUUUAAGUUUUUUUUUUAAAAUAUUGUAAAGUUUUGUCUCUCUUGAUCAAGACUUUGAGACUCUCCUAAAAAAGUUACUCAUUACA